AUGGAGAGCUUGGGCUUGCAAGCGGUGACCCUUAGUGAUGGGACGACAGCCUACAUUCAGCAGGCUGUCAAAGGUGAAAAACUGAUCGAAGGGCAAGUCAUUGAACUUGAAGAUGGGACCACAGCUUAUAUCCAUCAGGUGACAGUUCAGAAAGAGUCUGUGGCUUUUGAAGAUGGUCAACCAGUAGAGUUGGAAGAUGGUAGUAUGGCCUACAUACAUGACACAGCUAAAGAAAGUUAUGACCCCAGCACCUUUGAGGCCGUCCAGCUGGAGGAUGCUGCCUACAUACAUCGUCCUGUCAUCAUGCCACCUGGCAGCACCAUCCUGGAAGUGCAGGCAGAAACUGGGCUAGAGGAGUUGGCUGGAGAGAAUGAAGAUGAUGCCUUCGAUGUUGAGACCAUUAAUGCAUUAAAGCAGUAUGCCAGUAAGGAUUUGCAGGAGGAGGAAGUGCACAGCAAUGAGAAGGGACAGCAGGCUGGCAGUAGAGCUUUCCGUUGUGGGUACAAAGGCUGUGGCCGCUUCUAUACCACCGCCCACCAUCUAAAGGUGCAUGAAUGUGCUCACACAGGUGACCGGCCAUAUAUGUGCAUCUUCCCAAGCUGUGGGAAAGCAUUUGCUACAGGGUACAGGCUGAAGAGCCACGUGAGAACGCAUACCGGUGAGAAACCAUACAAGUGUCCAGAAGAUGUGUGUAGCAAAGCCUUCAAAACCUCUGGGGAUCUACAGAAACACAUCCGGACACACACCGGUGAGCGUCCCUUCAAGUGCCCCUUUGUGGACUGCGGCCGCUCUUUCACCACAUCCAACAUCCUCAAGGUUCACAUCCGAACACACACAGGUGAGAGACCGUACAUGUGUCCAGAGCCCAACUGCGGAAGGGGCUUCACCAGUGCCACCAAUUACAAGAACCACAUGAGAAUCCACACAGGAGAGAAGCCCUACAUGUGCACUGUGCCAGGCUGUGGAAAGCGCUUCACAGAGUACUCCAGCCUCUACAAGCACCACGUGGUCCACACGCACUGCAAGCCGUAUGCCUGCAAUAGUUGUGGGAAGACCUACCGCCAGACCUCCACGCUGGCCAUGCACAAGCGCAGCAGCCACGGCGAGCUGGAGGCCACGGAGGAGAGUGAACAGGCCCUCUAUGAACAGCAGCAGCUGGAGGCUGCUGCUGCUGACAGAGGCUCCCCCCUGAAGAGCCAGCAUAUUGCUUUCCUGUCAGAGAUGGAGGAAGAGGAAGAUGAUGAUGAUAUGCCUACACAGGUCUCACUUAUGUCUCAGGAUGGGACAGAGCAGGUCAGUUUGUCACAGGAAGACCUGCAGGCCCUGGGCAGUGCAGUCAGCAUGGUGACGCAGAGCGGUGCCCUCCCCAUGCCCGAGGAAGAGCUGGUGGGUGGUGACACACACACCAUGACUGUGGCCAGUACGGAUGGCACUGAGACACAGCCAGUUACCUUAGUCUCUUCUGGGGCAGUCAUGUCUGAAGAAUCAGCCAUCACAUCCCUCAGUCAUCAGCAGGUGGCAUUGCUGGCUACAGCCAAUGGCACCCACAUCGCAGUGCAGUUAGAAGAGCAGCAGAGCCUGGAGGAAGCCAUCAGCAUGGCCGCAGCAGCAAUCCAGCAUGAACCUCUAACACUUGACACAGCCGUGUCUGAGAAUGGGUGCUGA